AUGACCUCCGGCCCACCACUUCAACUCCCGCCGACGUCAGUCGGUACUCUGUCGCAUGCAUACACUAGUCACAUCGGCGACUGUGCUCGCACAAGUGUAUACUACCUCUGUUCCUCGAGUUUCUCAGCCACGACUCUCGCGUCGCUGUGCGAUUCUCUGACGACAUCCUACGUGCGCGAUGUUCUAGGAGACGAGUCGGUGGAGGACUAUCAACGGUUCCUCACGCCCAUCUGUACUCCCUUCGCCCGUGUUCAAGAUUGUAUCAAACACCACUUCGAGACUCUGGACAAGUGGAUCCUCGAACACCAGGUCCCGAACGAAGACACAGGCAUCUAUCCAUUCAGCAUUGUUGUCUUUGAGGAAAAUGAGAAAGAGGCGCUGCUCGUACACCUCGACUACAUAAGUAAGCGAUGGCAUAUAGGCUCCAUCCGCUUGCCCGCGACAGAUCUCGCUCUGGACCUGAGCAGCCUCAUGAUGGGCGACGAGUGGUUCGGAGAUCUGUGCUACAAGUACGGUGUCAGUGUUCCCCAGAACGAUCCCACGAUUGAUGAAAACUGGAAGGAUCACGAAAAAGAUGAGACUGGCGCGUGGAAGAAUAACGCCCCGAGAUUUGCUGUCUUCUCAACUGGUAUGAGCCAUGCAUUGCCCGUAAAGAGUAUGCUAGACGAUGCACACGAUGAUGCACCAUUUGGUCAUCAAGAUGUCGAGCUCUUUGGUCUGACUGGUGGACGCUAUCUCGGUGACAAAGACCAGCUCAGAGCUCAAUUUCUCGUCUACGUGGCAGCCGAUCAGAGGGGUGAGAAGAGACACGAAGGAAAAGGGCCAUGUCUCUCCUGCAAGCCUUUGCACAAAAGCAUCUUCAUCGAAGUCGAUGAUCCUGAUCCAAGGACCAACGGUGUCUUGGUGUCUAGGAUGAAAUGGAGCCAGGACACAGAAGGAAAAACCGACGAUCAGCUGACUGAGAUUGGAAAGAAGGCAGAGAUCACGACAAAAAGAGUAGGCGUCGCGUUCGCAGUAGCUGCUGCAAAGGCCAUGGCUAUGGAUGACUUGACUUUGCAACCCGAAAUAUGGAAGAAGACGAUAUAA